AUGACCCCAGGAUUAAGAUUUACACAGGAUAGCAGACAUUCAGAACUUCCAUUUGAUAAAACUUUGAUAUCGCCAGCACCUCUCCUCCCAACAUCAAUAACCAGAUCGGUCACAUUUAUGUUAUCAGAAACCAACAUGACAGAUCAGAAACACGAACUCAUGGAUAACUCCACUUCAGAUAGAAACAAUUUUUCUACUUGCAUCAAUGAAUGUAAGGUAAAACUCAGCACAGCUUCUGGUGGUCGCGAUUAUGGCCACGAAUUGUUUUGUUUCGAUGUUUUGAUUGGCUGCAAUUUUGCAGUUUCUAAUAAUUUUAACAAUGAAAAAAUAUCGGGUACAACAUUUUCAAAAAGUUUAGUUAAAUCAUCGUCGGUGCAAAAUGCAGCCACAUCACGAACAACACAAACAACAACGACACCACAACAAUCACAAACUUUUAUAACAUCUCAUGUUUCUGAAACAACAAUAACAAUAGUUGGCAUCAACAACAACAACAACACAUUAACAAACAACAUUAUUGUUGCCGACAACAACACACCAUCCAAAACAACACCAACAACACCGGCAACAACAACAACUGACCACAUCUUUCGAAAAAGUUUGAAAACGACGAACGCAACAUCAUUAAAUACUUUUAUGCCUUCCACUUCCCUUCUAUUACUCCUUAUUUUAGCACACAUGAAACUGGUAGGAGGCAAUGUAGUUACGUGCUACAGGAAGUGUUUAUGUGACCAAUCCACAAUGUACAUGCACUGCUCUGGGAAGAAUUUAGAACAGUUUCCAGAUUUUUACAUGAAUGGGACGUUGGAUAUCAACCUAAACAGCAACAACUUCAGAGUGAAAGUUUUGAGAAAAUCAAACAUGACUCUGUUGUUAGGAGUUAGAAACUUGUACAUAAGCGACAACAGCAUCGAGCACAUUCACGAAGGCACGUUCGAAGGAAUGACCAACCUGGAGAUACUGGACAUCGGCAAGAACAAACUGACCGUCAUCAGACCAAACACAUUCAGAGGUUUAAAACUGAAGCACCUCUUUCUCAAUGACAACCGCAUGAUCCAACUCCUACCUGACUCCUUCCUCAAUCUGCAAACCACCACCCUUCAUCUUCAGAACUGCUCAAUGACAGAGUUGCGCUUGGAGGUAUUGGGCCCGUUGAGAGGCGGUAGCGGGCAGGGACUGACGAACUUGUGGCUGAAUGACAACCUCAUCACCAAGCUGGAGGAAGGAUUCAAGGAGCUCCUCGUCGAGUUCACGCAUUUCAGUGCUUCUCAACCUUUUGAGAUUCAAGGACCACUUAAAAAAUGA